GCCUUCGACAACCCGCGACUAUGUCUUACUGCUCCGACUGUGGUGACCGAUGGUUCAAGGACAACGAAGCAUGGUUCCAGCAUUGUCGCGAUAGGUAUGACCACCAUCUCUGUGAGCAGUGCGAGCGGCUGUUUGCGACGGAUAAUGGGUUGGAUCAGCACUUGAGGACAGCUGCAGUCCAUCAGGACAAUAGCGACUCUGGUUACCGGGGAAACUACAACAAUGCAGGGUAUGAAUAUGACGACGAUGACGAGGAGGAGGAGUUUGAGUCCGAUUCCGACGAGGAUCCAUUCUGCGACUCUUGCAACCGAGUCUUCGUGGACAGGGAGGGCCUCUUUCAACAUCUCGCAGCAAGCAGCAGUCACAACUGGUGUUUCGUUUGCUCUCGCGACUUCGCCACUGCACAAGGCUUGGAGCAGCAUUCUCAGUCUCGCGUCCAUAAACCUUCAGACCUCAAAUGCCCACUAUGCUCAUCCAGGUUCACGGUACCCUCCGCCAUAGCCCAACAUAUCGAAUCAGGAGCCUGCCACAACGGCUCGCGCCAUCAGGUCACCGCGGCCGUUCGCUCCUUGAAUAUAGCAUCCCCCAUCUCCGUCUCCCAUCGACUCACUCAAGGCCCACCAACUUCUGUCAUAGUUAGCUAUCAAGCCACCGAGUUGGCGUUCAAUCCUCGAAUCAAUGCAUAUGAAUGCUACCUUUGUCAUGGUACCUUCCGCACCAUCCACGCUCUCAAUCGGCAUCUCAACUCUGCGGCACACGACCAAGAUGAGUUCAAGUGCCCGAAGUGCAGGAGGUUGUUUACGUUGGUGUCGGGGCUGAUUCAGCACAUUGAGAGCGAGGUAUGUGGGCUGGCGAGGUUCCAGCAGGUUGAGGAUGAGGCGCAUGAGUUGAUGACGAGGUUUACGAGAGCUCUGACAAUGUAACGGACGUUUCAUAG